AAAUUGGGUUUACCCCAAGUUUUUAGGAUUGCUAUCGAUUUUCCAGGAAUUUUUUUUUUCUUUGGUAACAACCGUUUUUGCCUAGUCCAAGAAUCCCAGCCACACAAAUAAAAACUAACAAACUCCCUCUAGGCCAACAAACAGAAGAAUCAUGUCAGACAUAUGAUUUUUUUUUUUUUACCUGAACAUGCCCUUUGUUACAUCUUCAUCUUCAUCUUCAUGCCAAUCUCAAAUCCAUUCCAAGACAAUGUUUCUUGUCCACAAAACUUCCCCUAUUUUUCUCCACAAGUUCUAUCCCCAAACUGCUACUAAGUUUAGAUGUAUUCCCAAGAAAUUCACUGUUUCUGCUUCCCUUAACACCAUAGCUGCUGCCGCUGCCGCUGCCUCUGGCUCUGGUGCCACCAUCCAUGGGGCCGUCUCUUCUGCGAUUACCCAAGUAGCUGUUACUGCCUUUGCUAUAGCCUCCGGGGCUUGUCUUUCCACUAAGGUUGACUUCUUGUGGCCCAAAGUGGAGGAGCAACAAGGUUCUUUUACAGUGGAAGGAAUUGAUGUGACUGGCUAUCCUAUAUUCAGUGAGGCAAAGGUGCAAAAAGCUAUUGCAUUUGCAAAAAGAGCUCACAAUGGGCAGUUUAGGAAAACAGGAGACCCGUACUUAUCGCAUUGCAUUCACACAGGAAGAAUCUUAGCUAUGUUGGUUCCAUCAACUGGCUUACGAGCUGUUGACACAGUUGUGGCUGGGAUAUUACAUGAUGUGGUUGAUGAUACAUGUGAACGUUUGUUCAGUAUAGAAGCAGAAUUUGGUGAUGAUGUAGCAAGGUUGGUAGCGGGUGUUUCUAGAUUAAGUUAUAUAAAUCAGCUUCUACGGAGACAUCGAAGGAUAAAUGUUAACCAGAGUACCCUUAGUCAUGAAGAGGCUAAUAAUCUACGUGUCAUGCUCUUGGGAAUGGUUGAUGAUCCAAGGGUGGUGCUUAUCAAACUGGCGGACCGUCUUCACAAUAUGAGAACAAUUUAUGCCCUGCCACUAGCUAAGGCUCAAGCUGUUGCACAAGAAACCUUACUUGUUUGGUGUUCCCUAGCUUCCAGAUUGGGUCUGUGGGCAUUGAAGGCGGAGCUGGAAGAUCUAUGUUUUGCAGUUCUUCAGCCUCAAAUAUUUAGAAAGCUACGAGCUGAUCUGGCUUCAAUGUGGAGUCCCAGCAAUAAAGGAACAUGUCCUAGACGAAUAUCUGCGAAAGGAAGUUGGUCCUCCAUGCAGGGAAAUGAUUCAGUGCAUGAGGAUGAAGCUCCUAUGCAUGAUGAAGAUAUAACUAGCAUAAAGGAUCUUUUGGAAGCAGUGGUUCCUUUUGACAUCUUAUUGGAUCGUAGAAAGCGGGUUAACUUUCUUAAUAAUCUCGCGAAAAGUUCAGAGAUGGAACCAAAACCAAAGGUUGUGCAGGAUGCUGGAAUUGCUCUAGCAUCUCUUGUUGUUUGUGAGGAGGCACUUGAAAGGGAGUUAUUCAUAUCAAUUUCUUAUGUCCCAGGGAUGGAGGUUACUUUGUCCAGCCGAUUAAAAAGUUUGUAUAGUAUCUACAGCAAGAUGAAAAGGAAAGAUGUCGGCAUCAAUAAAAUAUAUGAUGCACGUGCACUGAGGGUAGUUGUUGGAGACAAGAAUGGAACCCUACAUGGUCCGGCAGUUCAAUGUUGCUACAGUCUUCUCAACAUUGUACAUAGACUUUGGACUCCAAUUGAUGGUGAAUUUGAUGAUUACAUUGUUAAUCCAAAACCCAGUGGCUAUCAGUCUUUGCACACUGCAGUACAAGGUCCUGAUGCCUCACCUUUGGAAGUUCAGAUCCGUACACAGAGAAUGCAUGAAUAUGCUGAACAUGGACUUGCUGCCCACUGGCUUUAUAAAGAAACUGGAAAUGAUUUACCUUCCAUAAGCGUCUUGGAUGAAUCUGAAAUAGAAGAAUCAUCCUAUCUCCCUGAAGAUCUGGAUGAUCAAAAUUCCAUGGACUAUGAGUCGUUUCAGAGGUAUAGCUCCCUGAAAGUGGGACAUCCAGUCCUCAGAGUGGAAGGAAGUAACCUACUUGCUGCAGUUAUUAUCAAGGUAGAUAAGGAGGGUAGAGAGUUGCUUGUUGCUGUGAGCUUCGGAUUGGCUGCUUCUGAAGCAGUAGCUGACAGAAGGUCUUCUUUCCAAAUAAAGCGAUGGGAAGCUUACGCUAGGUUAUACAAAAAGGUUUCGGAUGAGUGGUGGUGUGAACCAGGACAUGGGGAUUGGUGUACUUGCCUUGAGAAAUAUACACUUUGUAGGGACGGAAUAUACCAUAAGCAAGACCAAUUCGAACGUCUUUUGCCGACCUUUAUUCAAGUGAUUGAUUUGACUGAUCAAGAAGAAUCUGAAUAUUGGACUGUUAUGUCUGCUGUAUUUGAGGGCAAACCAGUUGAAUCUAUUGAAUCAAGGCGCAACCUAGAUUAUGUUGCUUCCAAUUCAAUUGAAGCUAGCAUCAACCGCAAGGUACGAUUGUUAAGGACCAUGCUUCAAUGGGAAGAGAAACUACGGUCGGAAUCAAGUUUUGGAAGACAAGAUGGUGGCGCAAAAUCAAGAAACCACGCAGAUUCGGUUGUUCUUGGGGAAGUAGUUAUUAUAUGUUGGCCUCAUGGUGACAUAAUGAGACUGAGAACUGGCAGCACUGCUGCAGAUGCUGCAAGAAGAGCAGGGCUUGAGGGAAAGCUAGUUCUAGUUAAUGGUCAACUGGUAUUGCCUAGCACAGAGCUCAAAGAUGGCGAUGUUGUAGAAGUAAGAUCGUAAAGAAACAUGUAUAUAUGACAGGGUAAACCAGAUUUCAUUGCCAUUGGUAAAUAUAUGGGCUUAGUGGGGCAGAAGUAUGCUGCACUGCAAAGCAAUUGAUUUCCACAUUCAAUGUAAAUGCAGAAAAUUGUAGAGAGCAUGAAUGAAUGACCAAAUUUCUCUUGUAUCCCUUUUUUCAAAAUUAGUUUACCAUCAUGGAAGCCUUUGUCAAACGCAAGAAGAAUUGAGCUGUAUGAUCACGCUGGGAUGUUCUUUUAUUUCCUCAAUGGCUUGUUGAAGAUGAUAAA